CGAAUUUUUUUAAUUUCUAAAAUUUGUUUACUUUCGUUUUUAUAAACCUACACUCACGAAAUGUAUUUUGUUCCCACUUUAUGUUUAAUUAAGCUGAAUAAAAGUCUGUUUUUAAUAGAGGGGAUGAGACUGUAUCUCUCAGUAAACUGCAACUGAUACUGAGCUUUCCCCCAACGAUGGGGACGUGGGAUCAGGAUUCUGAGUCUCUGCUCAGUUCUGUUGAGAAGACCAGCAAAGUUUUUAAGUCCAAAUCUAAAAAUAACGAUUUCAAGACCUAGAUCGAGGUCUAAUAUUGAACGAUGUAAAAUGAAGAAAGGAACCAAGAUUGUCCCAAUAUCCGGCUCUGGAGGAAUUAAACCUAACAUUGUUACAACGCUUGUGAAAAAAGAUGAGCAAUCAGCUGAACAGAGCAAAGAAACUCCCAAAAAGACUGCUUUAAAAAAAUCUAAAGAUGUGAGCAAAGAAAUGAAUGAAAACAGUCCUAAAUCUGUCACAAAAACUUCUGCUGCUGUCCAUGAAGAUACAAAAAGUCAAUGUACACCAAAGAUGGAAAGCACAAUUAAAAAAGAGGCCCUGAGUGAAGGAUCAGAGUUGUUUACACCAUCAUCUGCAGUACGUAGGAGCGGAAGGGCGCCCGUUCCAUCAAGUAAAUUCAAAGACAUGGAGGUGGACCUUGUAGCCAUUCGUAAAAGGAUAUCUGUCACAAAUAUGUCUGAAGAAUCAGAACCUGAACAAGAAGUGCAAAAAAAGAGAUCCCACACACAAAUAGACAGCAAAACGGAAUCUGCAGAACCUCCUAAAAAACGGGGCAGAAAACCAAAGAACAAACUGCUGAAUGUCGAUAGAAAAGAAGUUGAAGUAACACCAACAUCAUCAGAGGAAUCUGUGGAAAUCAGAAAAGAGAUUAAGCCUGAAAUAGAUGAAAAGGAAGUAAUGUCUACUGUAGAUGUGGAAAAUAAAGCUGCUCAAAACAUAGAACAAGCUGUGGAAAAUAAAGUGCUCACAUCCAAUAUAAACGAAUCAAUGGAAGUCCCUACAGAAGUCCAGUCAGCCCAGUCAAAUUUGCCCACUACUAUUGAAUUAGAGGGCCAGCACAUCACCUUAACAGAAAAAGAUGGGGAAACAAUUGCCAUCAUCACAAUGGUCCCCAACACCCUUAACUCUGAUCACACUUUGUUGAAAGAGUUCUCUGUUCCUGAAUCCAAUUCUGAGUUUGAUAAAACUGAUACAGUCAGUCUGAAGCAUGGUCAUAUUGUCGGGAAAAAACCAGACCCUGAACCUACUUUUGCUACUGUUGUUGAAAAAGAUGGCAACACAUAUUUAAAUCUCUCUGUAGAACCAACAAAAAUCUCCUCUGUUCUAAAAGGUAUUCAUCAGCACCCAAAGGCCAGUAACCCUGUAGCUGGGCAUGGCCGUGUAGUCAGGUCUGGUGCUAAUUUAGGUAGUGUUGUUGUUAAGACCACCUUACUACAGCCAUCCAUAGCUCCAACUGUUACCACACCGGGCAAGGAGCCUCAUCAAGCCAUUAGUAUCCUAGAACCCAAGACAUCAACUACAUAUUCUCUACUCCUUCCAAAAUUGCAUGAUGGUACUGGGUCUGAAUUAACUGUACAGAAGAACGCACUGCAUGGUUCUAUUUCCCCUACUCAAACACAGCAGAAACUGGUAGUUGUCAGACAGCCCACUCCUAAUAAAACUAUUCUGGGAACGUUGCCAAAAAAGACACCACCACCUCUAGUCUGCGCUCCUCAAAACUUGCCCACAACAAAGGAUUUCACAACAGUUGUACAGGCUCAAAAAGAACUAGCAGCAACACCUGAUUCCAACACAAGGACAGUCGUCAAAUCGCUAAUUCAACCAGAAUCUCCUAAAACAGCUUCAGAGAUUCUUGUACAACGCAUUCAAGAACAGCAAAAGAGAGUCUUCGUCAAAGAGUUUGUUAACACUGCUGACAAUUUGGUUGAAAUGUGCACCAGCACAAACCACACUGCUGUUGAUCAGGAAUCAUCAGAUGGCUCUAAAAUUAUCUCCAUCGCUAAAGAAACAUCUGAGCCAGGUCACAUUUUUGGUGGCCAGCAUAUUUCUGUUCUUGAGGUCAGUACUGAUAAACCUGAAGAUAAUGCUAACCAUGAAAACAGUGGUGUUAAAGAAAUAGAUAUGAAUCAAGAAGUUGUAGCAGAUGUAUCUGAGUGUAAUCAAGAAUCAAAUACCAUAGUUGCAGAAAAUACAGAGGUUACCAGUGAUGCGUAUCAAAAUUUUGAAGAAUCGUCUGAUCCAUCAAAAUCAGAAUCUGUCUUAACAGACCUUAAGAACGUUGAGUUUAACACGGAAACUUCUGUUCCUGAUAUGAUCAAAAGUUGUGACAGUGUUGUAGAUGAGGCAGCCCUAGAGAACAUUAAAAAUAAUAUUGGGAAAAUAGAAAAACUGAAGGUGCUGGAGAAUGGUGUGGAGUUUGUGUAUGAUGUCAGGGUUGUGUCAGAGGAACAAGUCACAGAGGAGAUAGUGGACAACUCACAUGAGAUGGACCAACUGAAUGAAACAAAAGCUAAUGAUUCAGAUGAAACACCAGCAGAGCUCAUGUUGAAAGAAGAAGUUGAUGAUGAGGAUAAUGAAACUGCAGAAAGUGGAAAACAAACAUCUGGUACCCAAACAGUAUAUUCCCCACAAGUGGAGACCAACGCUUCUGGCGCACCAUUACACACACUAACUACUGUAAUAGAUGAAGAAGGCCAAAAGAAACAAAUUUAUUAUGUGUCUGUUAUAUCUAAUCAUAACUCUGUUGGGAAGGUCAAACAAAGUACUUAUUCAAGUGCUGCCAACUGUAUACUCAAUGAUAAUGGCAUGUACUGUUGUGGGAAGUGCAAUUAUAAAACCGAUAGAAAAGCAAAUUUUUAUAAACAUAGGAGGUUACAUACAGGCACAAAGCCUCAUGUUUGUAGCAUUUGUCAGUACAAAGCUGGCACAAGCAGCAAUCUGAAGAGACACAUGGGUAUCCAUAAGGACAUUAGGGAACAUAAGUGUGAUACUUGUGGACUUUGUUUCCGCCAGAAGAUUCACCUAGAGCGUCAUGUCAAAUACAAACAUGAAGAGAAGAGUGUGCAGUGCCCACUGUGUGACUAUGUGUGUGCCAAUGAGCAGCCAGACUUAAAAAUGCAUAUAAAGCGCAAACAUUCCAGUGGAUACCCAUCUGAAGUGGUCACCUGCCCUCAGUGCAACAUUGAAGUCAGCUGCAAGAAGGACCUCAAACAGCACAUGAAGUUCCACAAGGAUGGCCCGGAGCUGAAACUCUUCUGCAAGCAGUGCAGCUUUGUUACUGAUUGUCAGAGUAGACUGAAACGGCAUGUGGCCAUUCACUCCAAGCUGAAACCUUUCCAGUGUGGAGUAUGCAAUUAUAGAGCAGCACAAAAAGAGCACGUCCUGCGCCAUUUAAGAACACAGCAUAAAAUUGAAUUUAAAAAAGAGAGUAAAAGACCUUGGAGACGACACAAAAGUUUAGACACGGAUGACGGAUCUAAAGAAAAGGCUGACUUUUCUAGUGGUGAUAAAAUAUUUGCAUGCAAUCACUGCACCAUGAGAUUUGCUAAAUUAAUAAACUUAUACAAGCACUUGCACACCCAGCAUGUUGAUAUAAUGCCAGCAGAAACUGAAGGAAAUUAUUACUGUGUCGUUUGUGAAUUUUCUACUUCUUCAAAGAAAAACCUUCUGGUCCAUAUGAGAAGGCACAAUCUAACUGACCAGACCCCUCCCUCCCAUGUCUACUCCUGUGUGCUGUGCCGCUACAUCAACCCCAAAAGACGCAACCUCUUUCAGCACAUGCUGAAGAAACAUAACAUUGAUGUUAGCACUCAGCUGGAGGUAGAAGAUGGUGCAUCACAAGAUGCAGAGAACAGUGAUGGAACCAAACAUAUCACCAAAAUGCUGGUUUCCAAAUCUGAAACUAACACAGACCCUACUGAUAUUAAUGGAAAGGGCCAUGACUUAAAUGGCAUAGCACAUCUUAUCAAAAUUGAAGACAUAGCCCAGACGACCUCAUCAGCAGACGAAGAUGUACACAACUUGGUGAUUGACACCCGAGGUGACGACAAUCUGACAGAGGUCAGCCACACCGCUGAAGCUCUGGAAGGUCUUCAGGCCCUGGCUGAACAAGCUGGUCUCAUUGACAACAUCAUUGAGGAACAGGUACCAGUAGUUGAUGAGCAGCACAUUGUGAUAGAUCCCAUUACCAGCUCUGAUGUUGUGACCACAGUGGACAGUGUCCAGCAGAUGUUUGAAUCUGUGGAAACAGCUGAUGAAGGCAGUGCCGAGGUGACCUCAGGGGUGGAGCUGUCCGAGGACCAGCUCUCCAGCCUGCGGACUGGGGACAUGGUGGAGAUGGACGGGGAGCUGUAUGUGGUGGAGCUUACCCAAGAUGCCAGCAACCCAAACAAACAAAUUCUUUCAUUCCUGCCUGUGAAUCAAACUUCUGUCACGCAAGAAACACACAGUUCAUAGCAUUGUCAUUGACUCCAGGUGAAUAUCUGUUUUUUAUGUCCCAUCUUCUUAAUGAAACAGAUUAAUGCAAAAGUAUUGGGUAAAUGACCUUAAAAAUCAUGUCACAAGUGUUAAAAGUUGAAUCUAAGUUGUCAUCCUUUGUACUCUUUUACUAGAAAUGGUGCCCAUCAUUCCAUAGUCAUUUUAAACUAGCUCUAGAUGGAAUUAAGUAUUUAUUUAUUAAUUAUCUGAGUCAACAAAACUUAAUUCUAAUCUCUGAACUGUUUUUGUUUUUUCAAUUGUUUCACAGCUAAGAGUUGAAAGCUAAUAUUGCAGUGUGUAAUAACUGCAAUAGCAGCUGUAAGCAAUAUAAAUAUUAAUUGUUGUUAGUAGUUUUAGAUUUCACUUUGGUUAAAGUAAAAAGCUUCCAUAAAUCGAGUCAUGUUUUCUUGAGAUUUAUUUCUCAGAAAAAAGUUGUUGGGGUUUGAGAGCACUAGAUGAAAUGUAAAUAUCACAAUUUAAAUUAAUUAUUUAUCUGCCUGUUGUUGUUGGCAGGUAAUUUAUACAUCCUUAAAAAUCUUGAUACCCUAGUUGUCUUUUUGGACAGUUUAUUAAAUUUAGAUUAAUUAAUUUGUUUAAUUCAUUCAUUACCACUUCUUAACUUCACAUAGGGAAGCUCUUACAAGAAUCUUUAACCCUUAAAAUCAGAAUGGGAAAAAAAGAUCUGUCUGUUAGUUAAGCUUCAUUUUGACCAUUUGUUUUUUAAAUAAUUUUCAAUUUCUUUAGAUUGCAAAUUUUUAAAUUAUGGUAUUUCAUUACAUUCUCCCUCCAUCUGUUAUGAGAUUUGGACAGAACAUUUGUUUCACAUUAAAUUUUUGUCUAGUCUAUCAUUGCCUUAAAAUUGUUAAUAUUGUAUUAACUUUGUCAUGCUGAAAUGACAUUUGUAAGUUAUACAAGAAUGCACUAAGUUGAUAUGUAUGUAUGUUGACAUACGCUAAUUAUGAUUUAACAUUGUACUUUUCUGUGGCAGUAGAUCUGAACCACCAAUAUUUUGUCGUCAUAUUUAUUUGUUUAUUUUGACACCCAGUUUUCAUGACAGCAAUGGUCAUGAAAUACUCAAACAUCUUUUAAGGUUGCUUUGUUUGUUUUGAGUAUAUUAAAAAAAAAAUGCUUAAUUUUAUUUUUCCAUUGUUUUUUUGAUUGGCCAACAACAAUGCAGCAAAUAUUAGAUCUAUCUAACAUUUGAUUUUAUUGUGGGUUGUUUUUAUUUUUAAAAAUAUUGGUUGUUUAAAAUACCCAGUUUUAGUUUCUCAUUUAAAUGUUUCCAACAAAACAAAACUAACUAAUUAAGGAGUCAAAGUUCUUAAUAGUGUACUUUUUCAGAAAUUAAUCUAUAACAGGUAUGCAAAACAUUUGUAGCUUUAUCUCUCUUUUGAAAAUAAAGGAACUAAAUUAAGUAAGGAGUAUAUCUUUUUAGCGAGUAAGAUUUGGCUGCAUUAGAGCAAUAUAAAUUGUAUAUUAAAGGUCUCCACAGUAAGUCUAAUUGUUACAUCACAUCAAUGUAAUUAUGUGAAGCUUCCUAAUCUGUUUUUUGAAGUUUCAGCUGUAUAUUAUUUAUGUAUAAUAAUAAAUGCCUUUUAUUUGUAGCCAUGUUAUAUACAUUUAUUGAGUGUUGUGUACAAAAACCAUUAAAA